AUGUUCCUCUUAAAAAAGUCCCGUCGAUUCCUACUCUGGAUUCCGAUCGUCCUCAUCCUAUUCAUCUUCCACUAUGUUUUCUCUAUCCACAACAACAGAAACGGCCCCCACACAGACGAUAACGAUACAAGACCUCGAUUUUUGUAUCGCUCGUCUUUUCGCGACAAUCCUGAUCUCGAGUACGAAAGGAGAAUAUCAGAUGCGCUGCAGGGAAUUGAGGGGACGGUAUUAGCAGAGAACGGCGGGGAUACGCUGGCCGAAGAAAGGAUCUGGCAGAUCGCAAAGGAUGAAGGUCAACGAGGAUCGGAUUCGAAGGCUUUGCAGGGGCAGAAUAGGCUUUGGGAGUACUCUUUGAUGACGGACGAGAAAGCGGAGGAUUUCGUUAAUAACAUUCUAUCCGCCGUGCCAGAGAUUGCACAAGUAUACAAUUCAUACCCAUACUACGUACUACGUACAGAUCUUCUUCGCUAUCUCUUACUUUGGUACUACGGCGGUUUCUACGCUGAUAUCGAUGUCUUCCCCGCGCGGCCUAUCAAGGGGUGUCCAGACCUGAAACCAGUUUUAUUCACGGAUCAAAAGUCGACGAAUAUUUCUCUCGUGGUUGGCGUCGAGCUUGAUGAGCCUUAUGUCUCUCCUCGUGGAAUGCGGGAGUGGCAUUGGACGAGAAGAUAUGGAUUCUUGCAGUAUACCAUGUUCGCUCCACGACGGUUCAGUCCUGUGCUUCGAGAGAUUAUUACUCGGGUUAUGGCGCAUACCAAGCAGCAUAACGAACGCUUCGCGAGUCAUUUUACUGGGUAUGGCCAGAGCACUAUUCUGGGCAUCACAGGACCUGACGUGGUUACCGACGCGGUUCUGGAUGUACUCUCGUCAACCUUACCAACCAUGCACAAACUGAUGAAUAUAUCCAUGAACAAGGAUGCAGGAAUCGAUCCCCUCCCCAUCUCAACUGAUACAGGAGAGACUUUGAGAAGAGUAACGUGGGCUCCUUUCCAUGGAUUGAGUGAACCACUCUGCAUCGCCGACAGUGAAGCGAGACAAAAGGGAUCGAUGGGAGGUAUUUGUGUAUUGCCGGUCAAUGCAUGGGGAAACGGACAGAGACACAGUGGCUCAGAGGGCUUUGAUAGUCCGCGUGCAUGUGUAAAUCAUAGAUUUAGCGGGUCAUGGAAGAAAGGAUGGUGGCAGUCUUUUUUCGGUUGA